AUGGCAUUGGUACUGCUUAUGGUAGUGGUGGUGCUGACGUGGCAGAAGGGGACAACGGCGAAGAAGGAUCCGAAAAGUACCGCCGAGACGGUGAAGAGAAUGGCGACGGAGACUGCCCAAGGAGCCAAAGACAAGACCGCGUCAUGGGCUGGUUGGGUAUCCGACAAAAUCACCAAGAAAAAGGAACCAGAAACUGUCGCCCAACGCGCAGAGAAGUACGCUUACGAGACAGCACAAUCCGUCAAGGACUCUGCUUAUGAAAAUGCUCAAUACGCUACGGACAUUGCCUUUGAGAAGGCAGUAAUUGCAAAGGACAUGGCCUAUGAGCAAGCAGGGCACGCUAAAGAUUUUGCUUACGACAAGGCGGGCGGUGCCAAGGAUUAUGCCUACGAGAAGGCAGGACAUGCCAAGGACGUGGCCUAUGAGACAGCAGGACACGCCAAGGACAUGGCCUAUGAUAAGGCAGGUGAUGCCAAGGACAUGGCUUACGAGAAGGCGGGAUACGGGAAGGAUUAUGCCUAUGAUAAGGCAGGCAAUGCAAAGGACAUGGCCUAUGAGCAAGCAGGGCACGCUAAAGAUUAUGCGUAUGACAAGGGAGGCGAUGUUAAGGACAUGGCUUACGAGAAGGCGGGACACGCCAAGGAUUAUGCCUAUGAUAAGGUGGGAGCUGCUUACAAAAGUGCACAGAAAAUGAAGGAUAUUGGUUAUGAUAAGGCUGGCGAUGCAAAGGACAUGGCCUAUGAUAAGGCAGGACACGCGAAGGAUUAUGCGUAUGAUAAGGCUGGCGAUGCAAAGGACAUGGCAUACGAUAAGGCUGGAUCUGGUGCGAAGAAAGCAAAGGAAUUUGGCUAUGAGAAAGCCGGUGAGGCCAAGGACUUUGCUUACAAGCAAGCUGGCAAUGCCAAGGACAAAGCCGGUGAUGUGAUCAAGAUGGCGACGGACAAGGGAGGUGAAGCUUAUGAAGGAGCUAAAGAGAGAUCAAAGAGUGCUAAAGACAUGGCAACGGAUAAAACCGAACAAGCAAUGAAGUAUGGUAAAGAGAAAGCAACAGAAGCAAUGGAUGGAUCGGUUGAGUAUAUCAAAGGCAAAACACAAAAACCCAAAGAUGGAGUGGCCAAACAAACCGUGAACAAGGUUAAGGAUUCGACAAAAUACGCUUAUGAAACCGCAAAGGAUAAAGCUUCUCAAGUUGCUGGAGAGAUAAGAGAGCGUUAUGCUGAGCUCUAA